UUUAAAUAAAAAAGAAAUUAUUUUAUCGACUAUAAAGAAGGUUAAUGCUCAAAAGUUUUGAUUUAAUAAAUAAUUAGUGUGGUUUGUUUACAAGUUUUUAGAGUAAAAAAUUAAAAAUAAUGUCAAUGAUAUCACAAACUGUCUUUUCUACUCUACGAAAUAUCAAACAAAAUUUAUUAACUCCAGCUAUAGUCACACAUAAUCAUGUCAUUGUCAGAAAUAAAACGAGAAAUACACGUACAACGACACAAAAUCGAGGUGGUAAUAAAACAAGACCAUAUCAUAGGGGUUGGAAAUGUCAGGAUGGUGAAGUUGUUACUGGAGGAACUCUUUUAGCUACUCAAUUAACACCCCGGUGGCAUCCUGGCCUUAAUGUUGGAUUUGGUAAGAAUGGAACUCUCUUUGCGAUUGUACCAGGAAAGGUAGUUGUCACAUGUGAAAAGUGUGAUCUUAACUGGAACCACACUUGGGUACAAAGACACUACUCUAAUAGAAAAGGCGAAGUUAUCUACAAGAAACAUUUCAACAUUAUACCAGAGAAGCAGCACGACCGUUUUAAAUUGGUUGAUGCAAUUUAAAUAUAAAUGUAGUUGGUAAAUAAAUUGGAAUAAAUUUUGUUGAUUAUAAA